AUGGAGGGCGCCCUGCUCCCCAGUAGCCUGCUGCUGCUGCUGCUGUUGGUAGUGGGCCCAGACCCAGGAGCAGCUUUCUUACAGCCACCCGCCCUCACCUGCUGCACGGAGCUCUACCAACGGCCACUCUCCGACAAGCUGCUCAGGAAGGUGACCCGUGUGGAGCUACAGAUGGCUGAUGGGGACUGUCAUCUGCAGGCUUUCGUGCUUCACCUGGCUCGGCGCAGCGUCUGCAUCCACCCCAAGAACCGCAGCCUGGCUCAGUGGUUUGCAAAUCAGGGCCGGGGGCCCCGGGGCACUCUGUCCAACCUAAACUUGGGACUGCUGGGGAAGAGGGGCUCAGACCCUCAACAGCCAAAACAAUAA